AUGGCGGCGGCUCUGUCACUGCUGUACACUGCACUCAUGAUCCUGUCAAGUGCUGCCUCCAUCAGUGGGAACCUGCUUCUCUUGCUGGUGCUCUUCCUCAACCAGGAGCUCCAGUCCGACACACUGGGCCUGACCCUGAGCUCCGGCCUCAGUGACCUGGCCGUUGGACUCUCCAGCCUCCCAUUCGGAGCCCAUAACAGCCUGUGGUGGCCCAGCGGCUGGACCACCAGGGGCCUCCUCUGCCAGGGAGGUGGAUUCAUCCUUGUCCUCUUGCAAACUGCCUCCAUACAUUCGCUGACCUGGACUACUGUGGACAAGUUCACAGAGAUCUGCUUCGCCCUGAGCUACCGCAGCCUCUGGACAGCGCACAGGAGCCGGGCGGUGCUGGUGUCAGUCUGGCUGUUCUGCCUCGUCAAUGCCUCACUACCGCUGGUGGGCUUCGGCAGCUACUCCUACAGCGAGUCUCGUUUCCUCUGCGGCCCGGAGUUCAUCCCCAAAAACAAGUCUUUCGUGCUGCUGUGGAUGGCGGUGAGCAUCACAGCACCCAUCCUCGCCAUGUGUUCACUGUACGGGUACAUCAUCUACGUGGCCACGAAACAGGCCCAGCGGGGAACGUUCAUGUGCAACGAGCUGCACUGCUUCUACGUUCCUGCAAAAACCUACCUGAGAAGCUCCGUUGUUAUGGUUACCACCUCAGUGUGUCUUCUGGUGUGCUGGUUGCCAUACAUCAUUGUGGGUCUGUAUGAGACAUUCAGUGGUCAGCAGAGUCCGGCUAUGAGCUCCGCCCUCUCCACCUGGCUGGUUCUGACUAGCUCCGCCCUCAACCCUUGGAUCACUUGCAUGACACAAAAACGGGUUCACGUGUGA